AUGUCUCGCAGGGAGUCCCCCCCUCCGCCCCCCUCACCGCCGCCUCCCCCGCAGCUCCUCCGCGGAGACAACGUGCUCAUCACGGACCGCGGGGAGGAGGACCGCCCGGAGAGAGCGGAGCCUCUGUCCGACGCGGAGACAGAGAUCAUCCAGGGCACAUGGGGUUUGGUUUAUAAAAACUGCGAGGACGUGGGCGUGUCCGUGCUGAUCAGGUUCUUUGUAAACUUCCCUUCAGCCAAACAGUACUUCAGUCAGUUCCGAGACAUGGAGGAUCCUGAGGAGAUGGAGCGGAGCAGUCAGCUGAGGCAGCAUGCCCGCCGAGUCAUGAACGCCGUCAACACUGUGGUAGAGAACCUGCAUGACACAGAGAAGGUGUCAUCUGUGCUGGCGUUGGUGGGGAAAGCACAUGCCCUCAAGCAUAAAGUGGAGCCGGUCUAUUUCAAGAUCCUGAGCGGUGUGAUGCUGGAGGUUCUGUCGGAGGAUUACCCAGAAUGCUUCACUGAAGAGGUGCAGCUGGUGUGGACCAAACUGAUGGGCGCAGUGUACUGGCACGUGACGGGCGCCUACACUGACGUAGGCUGGCUCCAGGUGUCCAGCUCCGCUGUCUGA